CGCCGUCGACGCGGCGGUGGGCGCCGACAAGAGCUGCCGCUACAGCGUGCCGCCGCCCGAUUCCAUGGUGAACUACACGCUGGGCCACCACCACCAAAACGGCGCCGCGGCGGCGGCGGCCGUGGCCGGCGCCGUGUCGGGCGUGAGCAGCUCCGUGUCGGCCGUGUCGUCGGCGUCGAUGGCAGCCGCCGCGCAGUUCUACCAGCACGCGGCAGCGGCGUCGGCCGCCGCCAACGACCCGCUGUCGUCCUGCUCGCAGCCCGGGGCGGCCGCCGCCGGGGCCUCGGGGGCGGCGCCGCUGCCCGACAUCCCGCGCUACCCCUGGAUGUCCAUCACGGAUUGGAUGAGCCCGUUUGAUCGCGUCGUCUGUGGUCCGAACGGCUGCCCACGAAGACGAGGUCGCCAAACCUACACACGUUUCCAGACUCUGGAGCUGGAGAAGGAGUUCCAUUUCAACCACUAUUUGACGCGGCGGCGACGCAUCGAAAUCGCUCACGCGCUCUGCCUCACGGAGCGCCAGAUCAAGAUCUGGUUCCAGAACCGCCGCAUGAAGCUCAAGAAAGAACUCCGUGCAGUCAAGGAAAUAAACGAGCAGGCACGCCGCGAAAGAGAAGAGCAGGAGCGACUGAAACAGCAGCAGUCCGAGAAGCAGAAACAACAAGAGCAACAACAGCAGCAGCAGCAGCAACCACAACCCCAGCAACAGCAGCAACAGCCGCCGCCCCAGCAACAGCAGCCUCCGCAGCCCCCGCAUCACGGACUCACCCACCACCACCACGAUCAGCAUAAGCUCGGCGGGCUGGACAAGACCGGCGGCUCGGAUCUUCUCAAGGCAGUGGCAAAGGUGCCCACGUAAAGCGUCUACGCCAGGCAUCGAACGGCGACCGCGGCGGGAGAAACACCUCUCGCUGCGUCCCUGAAGGUCUGCAAUGCCUCAUCUGCGUUCACGCGUCUUUCCGUAGAUCGCUGAAGCUCCUCCAUGAUCCAGAGUCUCUGGGAAUUCUCAGGAACAGCGAGGAUCGCUUUGCGCAUUGCACUAACCGGCAGUCGCCCUUCGACCCUGUCGCUGCCUAGGCCUACGCUCCUUCCACAACCCUCCUAGCACUUAUGCUGGGCGUGAUGUUUGGCAGUGCUUCUCAGCCCAAAACCAAACAUUGCAUCAAGAUGUUCUCCAUUUCUUUAGCGGGAUAGCGUUAUUAACUUAAAUCCCUGGUCCUUCCUUCUAAUAUGUGUAUUAUUUAUAUGAGAAUAAGAAGUAAAAAAACUCUUUAAUGUCAGUAGUUAGUAAGUGAAGUUCUUUGCAAAUCAUGAAAUACGACACAAUGACUUAAAAAAUGUUUAGUAAUGUAGACUCUCUUUAAGUGGAGAAAGUAUCAAACGAGAAAAUAAUCACACAAGAAAUAAAAGUCAGCACAAAGUAUCCCGAAGGAUAGUGCGGAAGUGAAGAAACACGGAAUGUUGCAAUACUUAAAAUUUGAAUUUUCUUUUAUGUUGACUGUGAUAACAAUAUUUUUGAACAAUUGGUUGAGAUGUAAAUUGUUUUAGUUGGCUUAAUGAACUUCAAGAGAUUGUUAUAUUUCCAGUGUUUCAUGUUAUGUUUGGUUUACAAAAUAAUUGACAGUGGUUUUAAAGAAGAUUUAAGGUGAUUCUUUAAUGUGAAAUUGAAAAUGUAAAUGAAAGUGACUCGAAGAAGUGCUUCGGAUGAAAAAAUAGCGGACAAAGCAAUGUAAUUCUCAGUGUUGUGUUUCAUUCCCAGUAUAAUGAGCAGUUUUCUGAUCUCUCCUAUAGGAUGAAGCAGAUACAAACGGCAAUACGUGCUUUAUAAUGCCAGAAUUAGUUUCCGUACAACGAAUGAUGAUAUUUUGUUAAUGGUGCCAUAACAUUGACAAUUUUUAGCUGGAAAACAAAUAUAUAUUACAUUUUAAAAGCGUAGGAGAUGCGAGGCUUAAAGUAUUUGUUUCUACCUGUGCUUAAUUAUUUGAAUAACUUGUAAAAAACGUCGUCUUUAAUGUAUAGUACCCGUUAUCGUGCACUGAAUUUUCUAUUGGAAAGUUUUAUUUCAUAUUUUGUUUAAUAUUUCUUAAUUAUUCGUUUUUAUUAAUAGUGAAUUGUUAGAAAUUGUUACUUUUUGUAAAUAUGAGUGAGACUUCUCGCUGAUCAUGUAAAAUGUGUUCAUUUUAAUCUGAUAAUGUAAUGAAUAUUAUUACAAUAAUAUUAUUUUUAUGUGUUGCUAGAACAUGGAUUUUCCUAAUUAGACUUCUAGCACUUACUGUUUAAACGUCGCACUGCCUUUUUCGUCCUAUUUUAUGGUUUUGUAUAGAUUUUAUGAUAUUCUUUCUGUUGAAAUGUUUACAACAUUAAUUCAUUAUUCAUGCUACGACAGUAUACAUAUUUUGUUAUUAUUUCUUAAAAUUUAUGAAGUGACGUUUUAUAAUUGUGAUGCAUUUUAAUCAUUUGAACAGGACAGAACUAACGUGAAAACUGUCUGGAGAGUCAUGAUGUUUUUGGUAAAAUAUAAAAUUAAAGACCUUAAAUAUAUACAAAGGAGUGCUAAAUAUUGAUAGGCUCUUGGCCCUUUAUUAAUGUAACUUUAUUAGAUUGGUCUGUAUUGAAAAUACAUAAUCUGAAAUAUUAUCACUAGCGAUAUGAUAGGUUGUUGAUAAUAGUAAAGCCUCAGUCUAUGACAACGGGAUUAUAUUUAGUCGUUGUUUAAUACUAUCCAUUAGGUAUGUUUGACUUUGCAAGAUAUUGUAUUUGUAUUUACACAAGUUACACAUGCGAGUUCAUUUCUCGCAAUAAAGCGGCAAGUUCUAAAUCGGGAGAACGGCGUGCUCCAGGUGAAGUUGGAAGAAAAGAGGGGUAUAACAUCUGACUCGCCUGAGAACAAUCGCCUUCUAAUUUUUCCUAGCCCAGCAAUAUCGCUGAACCUACGAUAUCUCACUUGUACUUAGCGUUUUCAUGCAAUUAAUUUAUUUACUUCCAUGGCACCGAGUUCAGAAACAUUCGAGAGUUUUGUGGUCGGCUUCAAACAAACAGUGAUGAUUCAGAAAACGGAGACAAAGGUGGUAACAGACAACAAAGGCCAAGGCUAGAUGGUUAGAGGUCUCCUUAAAUUCGAAAUCAUCUUCCAUGUCAACUAACUGCUUCUGUGUAGCAUUGAAGGCUCCAGACAGGCAUAUUUCAAGCCGUAAGCUGAUGUAAGCCAUCGUUCGUUCUGUCUUCACCGCACUCUUUGACACAACACUUGGGAACUUCAGCAGCCGCGAACACUCACAACCGUGACAAACUAGAGAACAUAAGUAUUCUCUCACUGAAUUGAACAUAAAUGAAACAAGCACACAUCCCAGAGCAGCUUGUUCUUAUACUCUAGUACAUGAUACGUAAUUUGCUGUCAGGGUAGGCAAAAAUUAAACAUGUAGAAUUAUUAAGUCUAUUUAGAUGAAAGAAAGAAAACUUUUAAAUAAAAUCAGAGCUACUUCUAUUUCUCUCGAAAUUUUUUAAAACUUUUUUUGUCGAUGUGUAAUACUGAGGGCGAAUGUGUUCCGUAUGAAUCGUGAUUCCCUACCGUGUGUUUGUGUGUAAUUGUGAUAUAUGAUUGUGUUAUUUUCGAUUCGACAUUUGUAAUGUACAUGUAGGAGGUGGAAAAUACACAGCUGUCAUACGUAAAUUAACUUCAAUAUUUGAGUAAAUAUAACACUUUUUUUCUUAAAACUCAAAAAUAGUUAAAAAUUAAUAGGCUAUUUUCUAAAAAAUAAACAAUCCUUUGAGCUAAUUCUUUUCUUACCUACACUUCGUUGCUAAAGAACGGCCCUCUCGUCCACUAAGAAUGAAUUUGUUAUACAUAUUAUCGUCCGCAGGAUUGAAUAAAAACGUAUAUAAAUUGAUAUUUGAGGGCUCGGGCAACAUACGCUUUUCUGAAAACUUUUUGUGUAGUUGUUGUCCAAAGGUUACAAGUCUCCGUGUUGACAGUUAUGGAACUCUAUUUUCAGAAAUUUUUAAGUAUUCAAAAAUACAUUUCUCGGCCAUGUAUCCCAACCUGUAGAAGUACUAUAUAUACUCUCCUCUUAUUGCCAAUAAGUGACAAAAGCUGUAUUUAUUAACAUAUUUCUUUUCACCUUAUUUCUUCGUAUGUAGUGCAUUUCUACGACAUAUAAUAA